AUGGUGAUUGCUGGAGUGACCGAUUACUCGCCAAUGCGCGCUGGCGGUGCGUCGGUUGCGUUCGGAAAACCGUCGUCUGCCUCCGAAACGGGGACCAUGGCGACGGUGUCCCCGCCGCCGUCUGCUCCAAAGCCCGUGACAACAGAUGCUGAAAGGACUCUUCCCCUCGAAUCCGCGGAUCCCCUUGGCGUGAGCGAGGCUGGCCCGUCUGCCCCUGUUGUUGCUCCGCCUGCUCCAACUGAUGCUCCCAGUCCUCCUGCUCCCGUUGUUGCGCCAACGGCGUCUGCUCCUGCUGGGGAAGUUGCUGUUCCCCCUGCUCCUGCCCCUGGCGCCCACGUUGCACCGACCGCUUCUGUCCCCGUCGUGGCUGCGCCGGCGUCUGCUUCGUCCCCGAAGGCGGCGUUCGCCACCACUGGCGGCCCGGCUCCGUUGGUUGCGCCUCCGGUCGUGGACCCGCCUGCACCCGCUGUGCUGCCGGCGACCCAAGUGGUGCAGUCGUCUCGUCCCCAGUCGCCUGACCGCCGACCAUCUCGCCCCCAUUCUCCUGCGCCCCAGCAGGAGCGCGAGUCGACGCGGCACCGGCGCAACUCUCCCCGGCGCUACCAGCCGCAGGCCCUGUGGCCCGCUCACCACGGUGGCAAUGGGGGCUGGAGGGGUCCGCGUGGUCGCGGAGGUGGUGGGGCAUUCCGCCCGCCUGUGACAAUGGCGGAUCUUCAAAGGGAGGUGUCGAGGGCCGUGCGCGAGGAGAGGGUGGCGCAGAGCCAGAGCAGUUCGCUGCGGGCGGCGCCGGCGCAUGUGGCUCCUCGACAGGCCGUACCUCCCGUAGACCUUCCACCAGCUGCUGUACUUCCUCUCCCCGUCCUUGCUCCAUCGGCUCCCGCCCCUGCUGCCUCGGUUGCCGCUUCUAGGUCUCGUCUCCGCCUGCCCCCCGUUCCGCCGGUGGCGGGUGUUGAGUUUGUUGCCGCUGGCCCCCCUCCUCUUCCUCUCUCUUCUCUCCUCCUUCGCAUUCCAUGGCCAUGCAUGCCCAGCCUUCUCUGA